CUGGAUGACGGAGCGAUAGACAGGAGGAAAGAGAAUAACGGCGUGUAAUAAUUUCAGAGUCAGGGUUUGUGCGAUGGAAUAGAGAUCGAGAUUUAUAUCCUUCUGGAAAUGAGGUAAUUUGUUUCGUAUUGAAUUGUCUGCUGGAUUAUGUGCGUUUUGUUUUAUUUCCGGAUUUUGCUGAUGAAUCUGUUGUUUUGUUUAUACGGUACUAACUAGAUCCAAGAUGUGACCCCAUAUGUUUACAAACUCUUUAGAAAAACACCAGAAUAAUAAUCAGGACAUAAAAACUAUCCCACCAUGCACCACUCCUCUCGUCCCUCUGUGCCCCCACGUUCCCGCAGGUUUGUCGAUAGGCGUACGGAGGUAAAACCAAGCCAAGGGGCUAAGAGGGAGGACAAAAACAUGAACACAGCAUCUUCAUCCCCUCGUCGUGGCACUCGGGGACCACCUGAGUCUUCCAGGUUGAAGGGCCCCAGUCAAGGUGCACGAGCCCCAGUGGUUCAAUCCAAACUGGUGCGGCCACAGAAGAAUGGUGCUCACGCAAUACCAGCUAUCUCAAAACCAAAAAGUGGACACACUGUAUCAAACCUAGUCCCAGCUGUGGAUCCAAACUGCAAUGAGCCCAGCCUACCUUGUCUGUGUUGUGAUGGCCAUUCACCUCAGGAUAGCAACAGCCUUUUUAAUCACAACCAUAACAAUAAUAACACUGUAAACAUCAGGCAACAAAUGAAGCUGCCACCACCACCUCCACAGAAGGAAUUGGCAGUUCCCAAACAAGACAUCAAAGAAGAUGAGUGUAAGCCAGAAGUAAAGCAACCUCAUGUCAUUCCAGUGGAGGAGAGAGAGGAGGACAAUGGCAGUGUGGAUGAAAAAGAGGGUGGUCAGCUCAAAAAUGAUGACUGUGGUAUAAAUGUGAAUGCUAAUGUUGAUGAGAAUGGCAACGGCAAUUGUAAUGGUGAAGAUGAUGAAGAUGAUGACGACGAAGAUGAUGAUACUCUUGUCCCUUCUUGCUGCAACUGUCCAAAAUCCUUGCUGGACUUCUCCCUCACAUCUUCUACCUCAUCUUCAUCCACAUCCAUCAGCAGCUGCUCAGAUCUGGAGUGUGACUGUCCUGAUACAUUUUCAUUGUCAUCCCAGGACCAAGAGGCCACUGAAUGCUAUCCAUCAUCUCAUUCCCCGGUCUCCAACUGCCUUGCCUUUCAGUCCAAUGCUUUACCAUUGGAUCUCAACACUUCUGCAAGAUCGCCUUGCUCUUCUGAUGAAGGCUAUCCCUCAGCCCCUUGCUCUCCGUCCUCUGAUUAUGUAGACAGCAAGGGAUCAGAAGAAGGAAAAUGUAUUAAAGUGGAUCUCCUCCAUUUUUUAGACUCCAUAGAAGAGUUGGGAAAAGUGGAUCUGUUCUACCGCAUUGUUAGGCUGGCACACUGGGAACUGGAUGGUGAGCUGAUUGUCAGAGAUAGAUUGGAUCACCAGCAGAAGCUUCAGAGGGUUAACAAAGAGGUGAAGUUGGCUUAUCUUGUGAAACUUCAGGAGGAAGGUUUAGACUUUGAUGAUGAGGAUAUCACUGGAGUUUUGGAUGAAAUGGACAACAUUGACAUUCCAUGGAAGUUGUAUAAAAACAACAAAUCAAGUGAAUCCCAGGAAUUUUCUGAUGCAGGGGUAGAUAUGACAGCCCCCUCUGAUCUUGAUGAAACCCCUGCCUCGGAUUCACUUGCUCCAUCGCCAUUGGAGCCUCCUCCUCGGCCCCCAAAACCUCCAACGAGGCAUGUGAGUGCCCACCCAGAUUCACACACUUACGAGAACAUCAGCGGACAUGUUUUCUCAGUCACAUCCACCAAUCACGCUACUAAUUUCUCUACAAGUGUCCCUGUCCCUACCUUGCCUGCAUUGUCAUCCUCACCCCCAGCUUUAAAACCUCCUGCCCUUCCUCCUCCUCCAUCACAACCUGUGCCCUACUUCACCCUAAAUACAGACAGACCUGCUCUCACCUCCCCCAAACCACCCAUUCCUCCUCCAAGAAAACAUCAUAAAGCCCGUCUAGAAGCUCAGAGACUUGCUGAGCUUGAAAGAGAAAAGACUCCUCUGUCCUUUCCACCGCCAAUGUCCAGACCUCCUCCAUUGCCACCUCCACCUGCGAUGUCCUCGCCUCCAGCUGUUCCACCUCCACCAUCACUCCCGCCGCCUCCAUCUUUUCACACUCUGGAUGUGGAAAUCCGAAAGUUGCUUGCCCUAGCAGGCCUCACCCAAGCUGAAUUGCUUAAACUUAGUCCCGAGUUGGGUGUUUGUGUAGAUGUUGUCCUGGAGAAUGAGCAACAGCCAAUGUCUGACGUCUCUCAGAUUGGAGAAAUCAGUGUAAACUGGACACACAAGGAAGAAGGUGUAGAUAAGGGGUUGCAUUCCAGAUUGAAAGAAGGAUCCAGAUUUGGGAAAGACAGGUCAACAGGUGCAAAUGAAUUAGAUACUCUCAGUGAAAAGGAAAUUUGUAAAGAUGAACAGAAGGAAUCAAACAGGACAACAUCCUUCACAGAAAUGGCAAGACGACAUAAGAGAAAUAGUGGACACCGUAAUCAUAGCUGCAGCUGUGGUUUUGGAUCCAAUGUUAGCCUAUCUCCCAACUCAUAUUACAGCACUGAUCUUAGCAAUACAAACAUCCUGAAUGUUAGCUUUGGAAUCUUUGAUUAUACUUCAGUGAUUUCAGAUACCCCUCCUCCUCCUCCUCCACCUCCACGACCAUUGCCCUCUUGUCCACCAAUUUCCUCCAAUCCUCCUGAACUUCCUCCUCUCAAACCUUGCACUCUGCCUGCCAAUGCAUUUCGCCCAGAUAGGUUUGACUGGCUGAUAGCCUUCACCCCAGAUACAGAGUCGCCACCUCUUGAGAUGCGAAAAUCGUCAAAUGAUGGCAUGUUGCAAAAAGGCCCAGCUUCAACUUCAGGCUCAAAAGUCACAACCUUUAAAGAAUUACGCAACAGAAGCAAACAGAGCUCCCCGCCAGCUCCUGUUCAACCAGAACCUGAUCCAACUGUUAUCACCCCAGACCCUGAUUUUCUGUACAACCUCAAAUGGAGAAGAGAGAAGAUUGAUGGGGAUGGCUGGGAAUAUACUUCCCAAGCACAAGCCUCAUUUCUUCAGCCGCCACCCACUCCUGCCUCAUUGUCUCUCUUUAGGGAAAUGUGCCGCCUGAAUAUACAAGAAGAUUGCCCAGCAGAACCCAAAGUGUCCCAACAAAUUGGCUGUUCAGUAAGUGAAGGAAGCCUUAGGACUAUUUGUGAUGAAAGAGAUAAAGCUGUUAACACCAAGAAGAUGGAUGAUGAAGAUAAAGUGGAAGUUAGGGGAAUGGCAGAUGGAGCAUGGACUUUGGAAACCAGAACAUCAGUGUCCUCACCUCCCUUGUCCCUCUCCCUGACCUCACCUUAUUACCUGCACUCUGCUCCCCUGUCCCAGUUUUACCACACUGGCACUAACAGGGAUCGUGCCGUGACCCAUUGUGAGGGUUCUGUAAACAUCUCAAACCCGUUAUGCGUAAAUUCCACUUUUGACUGCAGCAAAGAUGACUAUACUGACUCCCUGUACUGUGCCGGCCCAGAAAACAAUACGAUGUUGUUCUGUAAACAGGAAAAUGAUCUCAGUGGUAACAUGGAUUCUCUGUACCACCGCUGCAAUCAUGCUGACAGCUUCCUAGACUCUUUAUACAUCUGUGGGCAUGAUCUUGACAGCACAAAAAACAGCUUCUGUCCACAUAACAGUGGAGUCGAUUCAAUCAGAAAUGAUGAUUCACUUUACAGUGAUGCCAGAUACACAAGAAGCAGCCUGAAGCUGUUCACUGACCCUGAACCACCAUCUGACAUUAACACUCUCACUGAGGGAGACAUAACGCCGUACAAAAACAUUGACAUGCAGGCUUACAUAGCUAUGCGAAACCUCAAAAAUCGGAGCUAUGUGAACAAAAACAGUUAUAAAGAUGUCGACUCGCUGUUUGAUUUAAAAUCAGACAACACUGAUGACUCAAAACCACCAAUCAACCCGUUUUUUGACCACAACAGCAAUGAAAACUCAACACAGAACAAACAGCAGCUUGUAUCUUUCCCUGCUUACUACCUUUAUCACCCCCAAAACUGCCCCUUGCAUAAAGGCGCCCCCCCACGGCUUUCCCCCGUAGGAGCGAUCUCGCCUCCCCACAGGUCCGGGCCUCCAGUUCCAGGCACAGAUGUUGCCCAUCUCUGUUCACCCCUGUUCCCCCGCAGUCACACCCUUCCUGCCCUUGCCGCACCCCUUUACUACCCUUAUCUGUACACACCCCCUGUUCAAGCCCCUCUGCGGGAGCCAUCGGUACCCAUACUUCACUUUCAGCAGAGUCCACCACCGCUCACUUUAACUGUUCGCAGCUUCUCAUUUGCCGGCUCUGAGCAGAAGAACGCAGCCUGGAUGGGAGAAGAUGUGAGGCCCUCACUAAGUGCUGAAGGGCUGUCUUCUGCCUGCCUGCAAGAAAAGAAAAUUCUUGUCAAUUCUGUCAGUGUGGCAGUGGAAGCCAUUUUGGCUCAGUUCAGUUCGUCCAGGACUGUUGUACAGAAGUUUUACUCAGUAGAUAAGACUCUUUCUGGAGACAGCAGUGUAAAUCCCUGUCUUGGUCGUCUGGUACUGCAGUCCCUUUGCCCAGCCCUGCGCAACCUGCUCUCUGAUGGACUCAAGCCUCAUCAGAGUGACCUCAUUGCAGGCAGAAGGCCAAAUUCACCCUGGGGAUUGGUUCAGGCCUCCACCAAACCAGGCCCGGGCACACAGGCUUUGCACAACCUUCAGACUAAAGUAGCAGGGCUUCCCCAGCUUAAGCAGAGCAGACACAAGUUCAACGCAUUUCUGUUUGGCCUUCUCAAUGUCAAGCUCCUGGAUUACUGGCUUUCACAUCUGCAGUCCUGCAGUGAUGUGUUGGAGACAUAUUACCGCCCCGCUUCCUUCAUGCGUCUCUCACUAACUUCUUGCCAGCCUCUUUUUGAGGAGCUUCUCCUCCUACUGCAGCCUCUCUCUCUUCUGACCUUUAACCUCGACCUGCUGUUUCAGCAUCACCACCUUGACCCCUCCUCCCCACCUCUCACCCCAGCCAGUCACACAUCUGAGAUAUAUAGCCCACCAAAUGAAGACUUCAGCUUCCACUUGUCACCCAAGGGGCUUUUCCAAGAAAGUGGCCAUCAUCUUGGAAGCGUGUUAGAGCAAGACCUUGGCAGUUUGGGUUUAGACCCCAAUCCUAAUUCAGGUCUCACGAGUCACGUUCUUGAUCUGUCAGCCUAUCGCAAUCCAAUUUCGCUGUCGUCAGGCGUCACCAAGGAGGAAGCCAGUUCGCCAUUAUCAUGGUUUAAAGGGAAUGAGAUCUCCAUACCUCUUGAUGCCGGAAGCCUUUCCCAGCAGGCAGGCCAGGCUCUUCAGCAAGGCUGGGGUGCAGUAAUGCGUUUUGGGGAGCGUUUAGGGCAGAACUUUGGUUUGGCCACCACCACAGAGGAUGAUAAAAGUCCAAACUCACCAGGAGACUUCAAGACUGGCUUCUCGCUGAAUCCAAAAAGUCCAGAUGAAAACAGGCAGCAACCAAGAGACGACCUUUCCUUGAAGGAUAGUGGAGCUGCUGUUCCCUGGGGUCUGGGACGGCUCUUUGGAGCUUCUAAGAGCCCCAGCAACCCACCAGCAAGCAGGCGCCCAUCUCAGUGGCUCUCCCCAGGCGUAUCCGUCCUUUCCCGCAUAGUGAAUCUUGACCAGGGUUCUCCGCCUGAGAAGAGAGAGCCCCAGAGAAGCAAAGAUAAGGAGGAAGAUGAGAAGGAAGAGAUUAAUGAAACCAGAGAUCAGCCAAAGCCCCUGAGGACGGUCCGAACUCUGUGUGACCACACAGGCACUGGAACAGAGCUGAGCUUCAGGAAGGGGGAGGAGCUUGUCCUGUUGGGAGGCGUGGACCAUGACUGGAUUCGAUGUCGUCAAGGUCACAAGGAAGGCCUUGUUCCCAUUGGUUAUGCUUCACUUAUCAUGUGACUUAUCUUUAAUUUUGCCUGUAUGUUUGUGUGAAAGAAUAUCAGGGGAUAAUGUAUAAGGGAAAAGACCAUAUAUAGAUGUAGUUAUUAGUAGCCGUGUUACGCGUUUAUCUGUUUAUCUCUGACCCUCGUUGCCUGGUUUGUGACGUCUGGAAUAUUUUCUGUGAUAUAUUAGAAACUGUAUAAAUCAUAAAUAUAUAUUUAGAUUUUAAAAAGAUAGAUGGACAGAUAGACAAAAAAUAGAAUUGGGUAAUGAAUAAAAAUCAAGUAAAACCAUCAUAGUGUAUUUAUUAUUAGGUGUGUUGCCAUAACAAACGGCUCACCCGGAAUCUUACUUAAAAAGCGCAAAGUUACGUAUAUUCAUAAAACAGCAUUUCAUUAUAAUUUUAAGUCUAAUAAACAACCAAUAUGCAUAUGCGACCUAUUUUCAUCCGAAACUGUGUGUAAAACCCCUUAAAUUUCUUACCAUAUCAUCAGCCCAAAGGCAAGCACGUCUUCAUUACUACAAAGGGCAAAGGCAUGAGUUUUGGUUAUUUUGGGGCUGCAUUAGUACAUAAAUGACAGAUUUACUCAAGUUAACUCUUUAAUUUAUUAUACAAUUAAUAUUUUAUUUUUAUUGAACUGUUUAAUAAGAAAUUACUGGCUAAUCAGUCUAAAAACUAACUGCUUGACAAUUUAAAUAAUUUUUUCCUCAUAAUAUUAAUACUUCGUUGUUCUAAUUUGUACACCAACAAUUAGUAGAUGAACUCUUGGUAUUGCCUGAAGAUGCCCUUAUAUACACCCUUUUAUUAUCUCACUUACCAAGAAAAAAAUAUUCUGUUUGAAAACCGACAUUAUUAUUCUCUUAUCGUUAUUAUUGUAACUCUCAAUGGUAACAGUCAGAUAUACGUAUUAGAGUGGUAGUGUGUAGAUGAUUCUUUUCUAUUUCAUACAGUGUGAUGGCUACUGUGGUAAGAUCUGUAUCACCCAUGAGCUUGAUAGUGACUAUGCAUACUCUGUACUGUAUUGUUUAUGAGGCUUGUUGCUGGAGAAACGUAUAUGAUUGAUAGCAUUCAUGAUUUUCUUUUGAAUGGAUAUUCUGCAUCCGUAUAAUGCUUUGAAUCAGGGGUUUACAUACUAAACCUGUAUGAAUGUGUGUAGCAAAUGUCAGGUAUUCAUCAAUACAACUUAUUUGUGUGCACAAAUACUUUCACUUAGACUACAAAUGCUAAAGGAAUAGGCCAGGAUUUUAGUGGCUGUGGUGGGAAAGGUGAUUUUAAAUAGAGCUUGCUUAUUGUUGUUCAUUAAAUGGCCCUCUGUGUUUCCCACAUGUAUGAAUUUUUGUCACACCUCUGACACUGCUAAUCAUAAAUAUAUUCUGAAAAAUGAGAGAAUAACCCGGUCACAUAAGCGUGCCAGUCCGCAUGGAACACAGCAUUGCCUAUCACACCACAUAAUGAUAUGCCUUCUGGAUUAUUCCAACCAAUAGCAAAAAGCAGUGGGCUACAGUAGCAGUAACCAAUUCACAUUGCUGUAUAUAUAAGUAAAAUUAGUGUAUGGGAUUUAUGUAUGUAUGAGUAUGUCAAGGGACAGUUGAUACAAUUUUUAAGAUAUAGUUUAAGAGAAAACAAAGUCUGAGAUUUAGCUCCUUGAGAAGUUAGCUUUGUAAUUGGCUUGAGCUUUAAUGUCCCUGUUUUAAAAACAAAGAAAAUAUAAUAAAAUCGUAUGGUUUGAGAAGUAAGCAAACAGCAGGGGUUCGGUAAAAAAAAAAAAAAUCAUAUUUAGUGUAAUAGUCUUACCUCACAGGGCAAACUGCAAUGAUGCAUGAUGUUUUUUUUAAUGAUUAUUUUCAUUUAUUAUUUUUAGUUCUUGUAGUUGUCAUUUUCAUUAUGACAUUUCAUUAAUAUGUUUUGGAGAAAGAAACAGCUAUGUUGCAUUAUAAAUAUAGUGUGCUUAUUGUCUGUGGUUAAUGUCUGCUUUUUAUCUGUUCCUCUUUUCUAUCUCUCUAUCUAUCUCCUGUGUGUGUACUUUUGUGUGGUAAUGAGUUGCGUAGCUCUGUGUGGUAAUGCCCAUCGCUGGUAGCACACUUAAAGCAUAUUAUGUACUGUACCAACUCUUGAGUUCUGUAAUUCCCUGUGAAUCAGCUCUAUGCAUGUUGGUGUUUGUAAAUAUGCCCAAUAAAAUAUUAAAAGAAACGAUGUGCAAAGAGUGUGACGCUGAAGA